AUGAAUAUAUAUAUUGUUCGUCAUGGAGAAAGUAUUUAUAAUGAUAAUCCAUUAAAUGAUUCUAUUGAUUGUCCAUUAACAUCAUAUGGAAUUGAACAAUCAAUUAAUUUAUAUAAUUCAUCAUUUCCUAAACAUUAUUCUUUAAUAAUUAGUUCACCUUUACGUCGUUGUCUUGAUACAAUUAAAUUAUCUAAAAUAAGUUCGGAUAAAUUUGAAAUAAAUAAUUUAUUUCGAGAAAUUUAUUCAGGUUGUAAAUCUGAUCUUUUAUAUGAUAAUGAAACAAUUUUAAUUGAUAAUGAACAACAAAUAAAACAAAGAAUUCAACAAAUAAAUGAUUAUUUAUUUAAAAAAAAACAAUUUAAUAUAUCAAAUAUAUUAAUAGUAACACAUGCAGAUUUAGUUUGGAAUUUAACUUCUUAUGAAAUAGAUGGAGAACCUUUUGGUACAUGGUUAAAUAAUGCACAAUUAUUUUAUUGGAAACAAAUUUAA